UUUAAUUGUCAAACAUUUCAUAUUUUCUGGACAUACGCCACAUCUUUCUGCCAUUGGUGUCGACAACAACAAAGUUCUAACCUUAAUCCUGGCAAAGAGUCGAUCGGUAACUUCUACGUUCUUAAUACGAAUUAGAGAUGACCGUUUUCCUCAACUGGAUGUUUACAACCGCCAUAACUUUCGACCACCUAUUUACUUUUCAAAUAACCUCUUCUCAAUUCGUUCUACCUCCAAACGCAAACAAUACAAACG